AUGGGCGAGAAAGUUGAUAAGAGAAUUCAUAGAACCCUUCAGGAAUCAUCAAAUUUAUAUUCCGUUUGGCGUCGAGGGGAAACUAGUAGAAACACCCUUAUGUCGGCCAAUUCCAAUAGUAACAGUAUGGGAUGCAGUAGCCCUACUUUGGACGAUCUACAUAAUGAGAAUGGAUUCUAUCAAGGGAAUGGAGUUUCAAGACCAGAAAAAAUAUCUUUCCAGAAUGUUAAUUAUCUUGACAAAAAAAAUUACGAUGAUGGAAACGAAUGCGUUGGGUCGCCCAACAGCAGUAAAUGUAACGGUGUCAACGAAAAACGGGAAGAUCAAAUUUAUGUACGGGGCAUCGAUUCGGAGCGGAAUAAAAACAAAAUCGAUAACAAAAACGAUGGUGUACGAGAACAAUCGCAAAAUAGCAGAAUCGAGGGUGAGAGCCUUUCCGAUAUUAGAAUGGUGUUCGAAAUUUGCCCAAAUCGAUCGUCGCAACUACCAUUGGGGCAACUGCGCCGAAUCGGUACCUUGGCUGGCAAUGCAUGGACGAAAGAAGAGCCGAAAACACCGUGUCGUCUUGUGGUCCCAAACUUUCAAUCUGGACAAGCAAGAGUUCCGAAACCCAUGUUCCAUGUGCCGACAAGUGAAAAGCAAGAUGAAUCUCGAGAAGAUUGCAACAAUCCAAAAGCUACUCCAAAGAAUCCGCUUAUGAUAGUCGAAAUGAUUGCAAAUAAAAAAGAUCGUAAACGUGUCGCAAAUUAUCUUAACUGUGAUCUCGAAGGAGGAGAUCCUUCUACUUGUAUACGUUAUAUGGAAUUUAUUAAGCUGUAUGGUUUUGAUCAUAUUAUUAUCAUCGGGGAACGUUAUGCUGGACUUCUUUUUCUGGAUUGUUACGGUCGUGUAUUCGAAUGGGACAACUCAACGUGCGGUGUUUUGUGGCCACUUGGAGAUUAUUUGAAUGAAGCACCAAAGGUAUCUCAGACUCACCGCGUAAUGUGGGAUUAUGAGUCCGAUGGGACUGUUGUUGAAUUUGAAGUCGCUGAAGAUGAUUCACUGGAUAAACUAACCUUUGACAUACCCGCCACUGUUGCAAAGAAGAAAAAGAAUUCGAAAAAAAAGCACUCUAAAAAGAAACAGCAUUGA